GGAGGUGAUGAGGAGGGAGGAGAGAAGCCGACGGUCCCCGUUGUGUGUGUGAAAGGAGCCGGAGAGACGCUUCAAACUCACGACGUCCUCCGUGAGCGGAUUUCACCUCCCAACUUUUUUGCUUCUUUUUCUUUUUUGAAGAAGAAGAAGAAGAAGUUCACGAGAGGAGCAACGCGCGCUUUGGAGUUUAUCAUUCGGAGGCGGAGGGCGGCAUGAAAGUGGAGCUUUAUAGGGAGAAACAACAAAAUUAAACAGCAUAUAAAGUAGUAGAGGAAGGAGGACCUGUGCGUUUGAUGGCUGCUGGGGAUGGAGCCCAGCUACCGGCCACCGUAGCGGCCAGCCGGAGCGUGGAGAAGGCGCUCGAGGAGGCUGCCGCGAGCGGGGCUCUCAACUUGUCCAACCGAAAACUGAAGGAGUUCCCCCGGAGCGCGAGGAACUACGACCUGUCCGACAUUACGCACGCAGAUCUGUCCAAGAACCGCCUGUGUGAGCUGCCGGAGGAGCUCUGCCAGUUCAUCUCCCUGGAGACGCUGAGCCUGUACCACAAUGGGAUGCGUUCGCUGUCCUCCAGCCUGGGCAACCUCCAGGCUCUCACCUACCUCAACCUCAGUCGUAAUCUCCUGUCCAGUUUACCCCCGUCGGUGUUUCAGCUUCCCCUCCUGCGGGUGCUCGUCGUCAGCAACAACAAGCUGACUACACUGCCCCCCUCCAUAUACUCCCUCACUCACCUCCGACAGCUGGACGUGAGCUGCAACGAGCUGCAGCAUUUGCCAGCGGAGCUCGGUCAGCUGGAGAGUCUGAGGGACCUAAACCUGAGGAGGAACCAGCUCACCACUUUGCCUGAAGAAAUAUCCGAGCUUCCCCUCGUUCGGCUCGACGUGUCCUGCAACCGGAUUUCCCACGUGCCCCUGUGCUACCGCCACCUCCGGCACCUGCAGACCAUCUCGCUGGACAACAACCCGCUGCAAAUGCCGCCGGCGCAGAUCUGCUCCAAGGGCAAAUAUCACAUUUUCAAGUACCUCAACAUGGAGGCCUGCAAGAGGAGCCAGGAGGAGCUGGAGAAACACCUGAGGCCCACCGGAUUCAACAGCUGCCUGUCAGACCAGGAGCUGUUUGCCGGCCAGUUUGGGGGCUUGGACUCUGGCUUCAACAGUGUGGACAGUGGCAGCAAACGGUGGUCUGGAAACGAGUCAGCAGACGACUUCUCCGAGCGCUCCCUCCGCAUCGCUGAGCUCAGCAAAGACCACAGGAACCUGGAGGAGGAGGAGGAGGUGUACAAAGCUGGAAAAGGCGAACAAGCGCACACCUGCUUGAACGGAGGAGCUGAGCAGGUGGACUUUGACAUGGACAGCAGUGUGACGGGGGAGGAAGAGGAGGAGAUCAGGACAGAUCCACCCACGCCUCCUUUCACGGCCUCUUCUCUGGAGCAGAAGGGGAAAACGUCACCAUCCCAAACCCAGGACUCAGCAACCUGCAGAACCAGCCUCCACGUGGAGCUGGGUCCCCCCUCGUCCACCUCGUCGUCUCCCGUGUCCCCCUCCAGCCCGACCCUGGAGGAGCGGAGGAGGCCCGGCACCUUGCUCAUCUGGCAGGAGAGGGAACGGCUUCAGCAGCAGAGGGAGAAGGCCAGUUUGCUGAAGUCAUCCACCAAAACAGGAAGUCAUGUGGCCACGGCACCACAGACAGGAAGUAGCUCCUGUGGCGGGUCGCCAGAAAACAACAACGCCCAGUCCGGUCUGCGGCACAGAUGUGCAAGCGCCGACCAGAUGACCGCAGUGUCUCAUCCAACGUAUCUACACCGAUCCAGCAGCAGAACAGACGUCCCGUCCUCUCCGAAGACGUCCCCUCCUCCCGGUCAGGCUCAGAAACCAAACAGUUUCCUGUUUCGCACGUCCUCCCGCAGCAACGUCAAACCCACAGCAGCCGUCUUCAGUCUCGGGGAGUCUGGCCGAAGUGAGUCCCGCAUGACGCUGCGUUCGCCCAAAGAGGAGAGACCGGACAUCAUGCAGCUACGCAAGACUCUGGAGGCCCGGCUGAAAAUCAACCUCCCAGAGGACCUGGGCGAGGCCUUGUCCAACGGCACCGUCCUCUGCCAGCUGGUCAAUCAAAUCAGACCUCGCUCCGUGUCAAUCAUCCACAUUCCCUCCCCAGCAGUGCCAAAACUGAGUUCAGCAAAGUGUCGACUCAACGUGGAAAACUUCCUCACCGCCUGUCGCAAGCUUGGCAUCCCCGAGACUGAAGUGUGUGCGUGCUCUGAUGUGCUUCUGUGUAAGCUGCCCGCUGUGCUGCGUUGUGUGACGGCCCUGCUGCAGGCAAACGUGGACGGGGGGGAGACGGCGGAGGACCGUCACUCCUCGCCCGUUUCUUCGUCGUCCUCGUCCUCGUCCUCCUUCUCCUCGCUGCUGUCCACAGACUUCCUGCUCUUCUACUCUGCAGCCAUGGCGCUGCUCUACGUCCUCUACUGCUACCUGCUCACUUAAAGCGCCGCCGCAAACGUACUUUACAGACUCGAGAGUUUUUUUUUUUGUUUGUUUUUUUUAAAUAACACACUACAGAGAGCACAGCGAAGCCACAGCGCUUCAUUUGGUGGUUUAUAGCGACAGGGGAAGCACUGCAGCGACGGACGGGAUGAGAGCAGAUGGAGCAGACGGUGAAAUGCCUUAGCCUAGUUUAGCCUUCGCUAAUACAAAUGUUUGGAGAAGAGUCCUCGGCCACGAAGCAGAGCAGCUCAGAGGCAGAAAGUCUCUCAUUGGUUGAGGUGUGAACGGGUGGAACGAGGGAACCACGUCCUCUGUUGAAUGUCUGUUACAGACUGAGGCUUCAUACUUUCUGCGUACAUGGACACAAACGUGGCGGCGCGCGGCGCUUAAGUCUUUUUGCUACAUUAUAUUUGCUUUUCCACCACCAAAAGCUGCAGGAACUAUUUCCAGGAGCAAAGGUUUAGGGUUGAAGCUCCCGAUUUCACAGUAGAGACAAAGUCCCAGAGAUAUAAAAUUAGGUGGCUGACAUGUGUAUAUAUAUAUAUAUAUAUAUAUAUAUGUGUGUGUGUGAAAAAGUUCCUGCUGCUCAGUGAGAGUUCCUGUGGUGGAACUACGGGAACCAUGUGUUCUGUUGAAGCUCAGUUACAAACUAAAGCUUCAUUCUUUGUGUGAACAUAGACACUAAUAACUCUACUUGUUUGCUACAUUACAUUUGCUCUUCCACCUGCAAAUGUUGCAGGAACUUUAUUACAGGAACUUACACUUAGGGUUCAAAGUUCCUCCAGAAUAGGAUGCAUGUGUGAUAUCGCCCAGUAGAGCCAAAGUCCUAGAGAGAUCAUAACCUUAGGCUGCUGACAGAUACAUUAAAAGUUCCCGCUCCUCAGUGAGAGUUCCUGGAACCACGUCCUCUGUUGAAUCUCUGUUACAGACUAAAGCUGGACGCUUCUAACUCCCCUUAGCUACAUUACAUUUUCUUUUUCUACCACCAAAUGUUGCAGGAACUAUUCUCCAGGAACUUGAAUUUAGGGUUCAAAGUUCCUCCAGAAAAAAAGAUGCAUGUUUGUUUGCCAAAGUCCCAGAGAGAUUAUGGAUAUUAGAUCGUCGACUUCUACAUAAAUAAAAAAAAAACUAAAAGUUCCUUCUACUUGGUGAGAGUUCUGUUUUAUGCAGAGCGGGGAACUUUUACACUAAAACACUUUCCUGCUCCUGAAGUUGAAGCACUUAGAGCGAACAGAACAUUAAAGUCGAGGGGCUGUAAAAACCAGAACAAUAAGCUAAACCGGUGCAAAAAAGCUCAUUUGAUUUCUUCUUAUUCUUCGCGUAAAUCUUAGGACGUCGGUCACUUUGCUCACGUGGAUGAGUUCCUUAGAGGCUGUGGUUCUUUAGCUCCGCCCACUCAACCACUGACACUAACUGUGCCUCUGAGAGAAGUAGACGGACCCUUUUUGUACUGAGAAUCUGUUUGAGAAACCCCCCAGGACUGAACUGUGAAUGUGAUUUAUUUUAUUUUAUUUUUUAAAGCCAUGAGAUAAAUGCAAGUUCAUUAAAUGUGGAAGGAAGCUGGAUGUAAAGUGGUGCAGUUUGUCACACCACAGAGUUGGACACAGCUUGAAACAGUGCCUGUUACUGAACAACUGGCUGGAGACCACUUUGUUUUUUAUGUGUGUUGUUGCUCAGUGGGAACAGCAGGGGGCGGUGUCGCUGCAUCAGUUCCUUAAAGAGACGGUACGAAUCUCCUCCAGGAGAUUUCUCUCUUUUCUUUUUCUUUAUUUUUUUAAUUUUUUUGGUGUUGUUGUCAAUGGUCCGCCCUGACCACGUUCAUGUUUGUAUAAAUGUAAACAAUUUAUUAAAUUAUUGCUUUUAUUUUUAGUUUUUUUUUUUUUUUUUUUAAUAUUUAUUUUGCACUCUGUUCUGGGUUUUUUAUGUUAAAUGUUAUUAACACUAAUUUGGGUCAAACAGAUAUUUUUAUUAUUAUUUUUUUUUUAGAGCCUCAUAAAAGCUUUUGUGAAAUCAGUGUUGCUAAAUCACAACUUAAUUAAAUAAUCAAUAUUCAAUUAAAAGUUUACAUCCCCUCCCUGACUUCACCUGUUAGAUUCGGGAGAUCCAGGCCACCAGAAAAUUAAAAACUAAAAAAUGUUGGGAUUGGGAAAUUGGGAAUGGGAAAUUUUUGGAUUUAAUCUCCUAAAAUAUGUUUUUUUUUUUUUUUUUGUUCUUUUGCUUCGCUCCAAUAAUUAGCAAAAACAGUUAUUUUAAAACAAGUGUUAAGUCUCAAUUUGGUAAAUGAUUUUACCCUCAAAUUUUUAUUUAUUUUUUUUCAUGCGAAGCUUUAAAUUAAGUGGCUAAAUCUGGUAGAGAUCUUCGACUUAAAAUGUGACAUUAUAGAAAAUAAUAAGUUCCUGGAAGUGAUAAAAAGGGGCUGUCAAACAUACGGCCCGUGGGCCAAAAACUGGCCUGAAAUGGGAUGAAUUAGCAAAUAACUACACAGAAGACGUCCAGCUACAAUUCUUCAAUAAAAGUAAAUGCUAUACCUAAUUUGUCCACUAGGGUAAGUUUUAGUAAAUGUUGCCAAGACAACGUCAACACUAAGACCCACAACCAAACUGCAGGUGGCAGCAAUGAGCCAAAAACUUUUCUUUGAGGAUGUUCAUAAAAUGUUUUGGAAAAGUACAAUUAAUUAAAUGUAACAUUUUCAUGACGUUCUUGUUCUUUUUCUCCAGAAUGGGGCCGUACGAAUUAAAACGAAACCCCUGCCCUACAACAGCAACGCAAAUUAUUUGUGUUUCACUUGCUGUAUUCAUAAUUAUUUCUUAAUACAAAUUUUUAUUUAUUUAAUUUAAACACUUUUGGGCACCAGAUUGUGCGUUUAGACAAGACGUAUAGCACACUGUUUUUUUACCGUCCACCGUCAGUUUCUGUGUCCCAACAUCUGCAUAAAUAAAUAUUUAGUUUUUUUGUUUUUGUUUUUUUUUUACUAGCCUGCUGUUAAGAUGGGAUUUAUACUGUUUCAAAUUCAAAUGUAUAUUUUAUAAAAGAAACUGGAUAAGCGACACACGAGCUAAUACAUGCGUUCACUGGCUUAGACCGAGCUAUAUUCUUAAAAAAAAAAUUACGUUAUCGGGACAGAAAUACUGUUAUAUUUUAUAUUUAUAUAAUACCCCUUUAUUAUUAUUAUUAAUUAUUAUUAUUGAGAGUCUUUUUUGAGUUUAUACGAAUCUAUAUGUGACAGUUUUGUUGUUGUUGGUUUUUUUUUCCAGCUGUAAAGAAAUUAUUAAAAAGGAAACUUUGACCAUG